AUGGAUUUUGUGCAUGAGUACGUAAAGCUCCGCAGUGACUUUGGCCGCCAAUGUCUCUUUUCCGACCGUCACGUGGAGCUGAUAGCUGAUGUUCCUUCUAACCCAAAGCUGGCACUGCACUUCUCUCCGAGGGAGACCAGAGAUGUCGGGAUGCAAGGCUGCUGGCAAAUGUCGGAACAUGAGGUGAAUACAGAAAGGUUUGAGUAUGAAAACUGUGGGAUAAACCAUGUGGAAGGUGGGUGGCCCAAAGACAUCAACCACCUAGAGAUGGAGCAAACUAUUCGUUUUAGAAAGAAGGUGGAGAAAGAUGAGGGCUACAUGAAUAGCAUACAGCUGCUAGGCACGCUUACAGCACAGUGUGUUGGACAGAACAACGCUGUGGAUAUCUACGAAGAGUACUUUGAGAAGGAGGACUUGCUGGGAGAGAUUCAGGAAGCGCCAUCUGCCAAAACUGUCAAUGUGUUGAGGGACCCUAACCAAAUAAAACGGUAUGUCACCUCUCUCUCUUGGCAUCCCCAUGAAGGCAGGAGUCUAGCGGCUGCCUACUCCUGCCUUGACUUACAGAGAGCCGCCACAGGCAUGAGCACAGACUCAUACAUUUGGAACAUUGAGAACCCUACCAAGCCUGAGAUGACUCUCAAACCAGCGUGUCAACUUGUCUGUCUGGAGUAUAACCCCAACGACUCGCACACUCUAAUCAGUGGCUGCUGCAAUGGACAGAUUGUGUUUUGGGACACCCGUACAGGCAGUCAUCCAGUAGAGGUUUCCACUCUGGAGCACAGUCACAGAGACCCUGUCUACAAGGCAAUUUGGUUACAAUCCGAGACUGGAACAGAAGCCUUUUCUGCCUCCACUGAUGGGCAGAUUCUGUGGUGGGAUGUCCGCCAGCUGAGCAAGCCUAUGGAGAGGCUGGUUCUAGACCUAGGUUGGGAGGAAAACUUGGACAAUGCUUUAGGAGCCAUCUCUCUGGAGUAUGACGUUACCAUGCCAGACAACUUCUUGGUUGGAACAGACCUGGGUGUUGUCGUGUGCUGCAACAGGACAGCUGAGACUCUGUCUGAGAAGGUUGUCUGUAUAUACGAUGGCCACUAUGGACCUGUCUAUGCCGUCAAGAGGAACCCUUUCUUUCCAAGAAACUUCCUCACUGUGGGGGACUGGGGGGCCCGCAUCUGGUCCGAGGACAUCAAGGAUUCAUCUAUAAUGUGGACUAAGUAUCAGAUGUCCUACUUGACAGAUGCCUGCUGGAGUCCUGUCAGACCCUCCGUCUUCUUCACCGUUAAGAUGGACGGUGUGCUCGACAUCUGGGACAUCUUGUUUAAGCAAAGCAACCCCACGUUGAGUGUCAAGGUGUGUGAUGACGCUUUGUGUAGCCUCCGGGCCCAUGAGAAUGGAUGCAUGUUAGCUUGCGGCUCCCAGAAAGGAGCCAUCAUACUACUGGAGAUCUGCUCAGGGUUGUGCACCCUACAGCAAAAUGAACAUGGCCUCGUGGAAGAGAUGUUAGAACGUGAGGCGAAGCGUGAAAGUAUCCUCAAGGCUCUGAGAAGUGGGGAUGAGAACACAGAUUCAGAACAGCUGAUCCUGAGAGCUGAGCGAGACUUCCACAACCUGCUGCAGGCAGAGCAGAGAAAGAGGGGAUUGGACUCGAGACAGCGGAGGCAGCCAUAUUAA